AAUGACGCGACCGGACGCGACGGCUUUGCGUCUCGCUGUUCAGUCACGCGUCGGAUUCUGUUGCAUGCAGGCUACAGCUGUGUUCCCGCCGCUGCUACAUCGUGGCAGCUGAAUUGAAUGGCGCUAUACGCAGAGUUUCUCAAAAUGCGAGGUGGAGCGCAUCUCAUCCUUUGCCUCCUGUUGGUUACCGAGCUUCACAGCGCAUGCGCAAUUCAUUGUGAUCGUGAGCCUGGAGGUCACAUGCCACCCAAGACAAAAGCAGAUCAUCGCUUCAGAAUCAAGAUCAGCGGAAAUCCGGACAAAUAUGUGCCAGGAGAAGUCUAUACAAUCAGUCUGAAAGGUGAACGCAUCCAAAAGACUCCCCAGAAGUUCACAGGUUUUAUGCUUGUGGUGGAACCCAGCAAUGAGUAUCUUGCAUCCUGGGUAGAUGACCCUCUAAGAAGUAUAGCAGUCCCACCAAAUGACUACAGCACCCGGAAUGUUGGUGUUUUUUCCUUGUUCGGUGAUGCCUCCACCAGAUUCAGUGACCGGUGUCCCAACGCUGUCAUCCAGACAUCUUCCAUGCCCAAGUCUGACAUACAGGUUCUGUGGACAGCUCCUCCCAGGGGCAGCGGCUGUGUUGUCUUUAGGGCUACUGUUGUGGAAAAUCGUGAUUUUUGGUACAUGGAUGAUGGACCAUUAAGUCAUUUGCUUUGCGAGGAUGUUCGGGAAAAUGAUGAUAAUCAACCAGAUAUUGUGAAUCCUUGCUGUGCCUGUGAAGAAGCGAAAUAUGAGGUAACAUUUGAAGGCCUGUGGUCAAGGCACACCCAUCCCAAAGACUUCCCAAUCAAUGGGUUUCUGACCAAAUUUAGUGAUGUCAUUGGAGCUUCCCAUUCUGCUGAGUAUCAGUUCUGGGAUUAUGGUGGCUUUGCUUCAGAAGGUUUGCAUCAAGUAGCAGAAAGGGGAGCCACACGUAUGCUUGAAAGUGAGUUAAAAGAUCAGAGUGAGCAUAUCCGCACAAUAAUAAAAGCACGAGGUAUUGGACAUCCAAACGUGACUGGCAAAACAUUUGCAGUAUUCCGUGUGGACAGGAAGCACCAUCUCAUGUCAAUUGUGUCAAAGAUAGAUCCAUCGCCAGACUGGAUAGUUGGAGUGUCCCGCUUGGAGCUCUGCCUGCGAAACUGCAGCUGGGUGGACCACACAGUUCUGAAUCUCUACCCCUAUGACGCUGGCACAGACAGUGGCAUCACUUACCUUUCUCCAGAUAUGCCUACUAAGCCACGUGAACCUAUUCAGAAGAUUACAUCAAGUUAUCCCAAUGACCCCAGAUCUCCCUUCUUUGGUGUUGAGAUGAAACCUCUGGCUCGUCUGUAUCUCACUCGUCAGCGGCUCUAUGAGAAGAGUUGUUCAGAUGACAAUACAGGUGGUGCAUCUGAUGAUGACUCUGGACUGGAUGAUUAUACAGUAUCAGGAGACUGUGAAGUGACAGAGUGGGGUCCAUGGAGUGCCUGCUCUGUAACUUGUGGCAAAGGUGUAAAAUAUAAGCAGAGAUCUUACAUAGACAGCACAAAGGCCCAGAUCAAAUCUUGUAACGUAAAACUGACAGCUAGGUAUCCCUGCCAAGGUGCUCGGGAAACAUGUAGUUCCCAGGCAAAUCAUGAGCUGACAGCUGCACCUUUGGACUCCAUUUGUACAGUGACAAAAUGGAGUUCAUGGUCAAGUUGCUCAGUGACCUGUGGAAGAGGUGUGCGCACAAGAACACGUAAAUAUGAGCUGCGUGAAGCAUACAAACGCUGUUCUCCUCACCCUAAGUCUCCACGCCUUGAACAAAAUGAUGAGUGUUAUGGAGUGGGAGGUCAGAUAUGUGGAGAUUCUGAAGAAGAGAGUCAAGAAGGAAAGCCCAAUUGUCCCUUGACAGAAUGGUCUAGGUGGAGCCCCUGUAGUGUAACAUGUGGCAGAGGAAGGCGCAUGCGAACACGUUUGCGAGUGGCAUACAAUGAGGAAACAAGGGCGAUGUAUGAACAUAUGGAAGAAGGUUAUAAUGGUCCUAUCAGUACGGAGGAUUGUGCAGAUGCACAAAUUAUAGACGAAGUUGAAUGUGAUGGAGAGAUUCCUUCUUGUGAGAUUACUCCAUCUAUGGCAAGAGAAAUAUGUCAAAUGCCAAAAGAUGAGGGUCCAUGUACUGGAAAUAACAGUCGCUGGUACUUUGAUUCACAAGCAGAAGUUUGCCUGGAGUUUUUAUACUCAGGUUGCCGUGGUAACAGAAACAAUUUUCUAACUCAGAAGGAAUGUGAGAAUGUAUGCCAGAAGUAUAAAGAGGAUCUUAAGGCAAACAGAACAGCGCAUCUUCAACAUUAUGGUGUCUCCUUGUCUGGAGUAAUUUCAUAUCGCCUUCAUGGACGUGGAAGACUGGAUCAGAAUUGUGAAGAGGAUGGAGAGGAGGAUGCAUCUGCAAUAACUACCGUGUCUCCCGCUUUUCAAGCUGAAAAUUUUCUAUUCAGUCCCAACAUGAGCAGUCAUCCACAUCUUGUAAAUCAUCGAACUGAUUUAAUGGCUGUGGACUGUGAAGUCACGCGCUGGUCUUCGUGGUCUGCUUGCAGUGUUAGCUGUGGCCGAGGAUUCAAGACGAAGAUUAGGGCAAUCAGGGUUCAUGCAAGAAAUGGUGGCAAACCUUGUCCAAAAAAAUUGACACGGAAAAAGAAGUGCAAAAGGAAUUGCGAUUUGGAAAGUCAAAUUGAUGACAAUCCAACAUGGGGAGAUGCUAACCCAGUUCAGAGAGUUGACCCUGUUGACUGCAUUUUGUCAGAAUGGACAUCUUGGUCACCUUGUUCACUUACAUGUGGCAUGAAUGCUGUUCGGCAAAGAACAAGGAGUGAGCUUGUUUCAAACAGUGGUGGUGGCCUUCCAUGUGGUUCACGUCUGGAGGUCAUACCAUGCGAGCUGCUGCCUUGUAAUGGCUAAUGAUAGAGCAAUAGGUCUGUUCUACAAAAGGAGCUUCCAAGCAUCUAUAAUUUCGAUGUUAGAUAUGAGGUUCCUAUAGUGGUUCAAAUUAAGGUUAUGGUCUUCUGGACUGUAAUAUCAUGUAAUUUGGUAGACAGAUACCGAACAUGAGUAUCAUCAUGAAGUCACACCAUAUCAACAAUGAUCUUCCAGAACUGUAAUUCUUUGAUCGUUAGUACAAGUGUAUAAAAAUAAUAACUUUAUUAUUUGAAAAGCUGUUGUGCCAAAUGUGAUUAUUAACAGAUAUUAUUUAGUGUAGAUAUUUUGUAUAUAGUACAAUUUAUUAGGUAAUCAUAUUGUAUGCACUAUAAUUUUAUUUAGAUAUAUCUUUCAAAUUACCCUGUAGUUCAUUCCUUGUCCAUUAUCCUACCUGACUCCUUUUGUUAUUCUUAAUCUCAUAAAUACUUUUACUUUAAUCCUCCUGCUAAUGAAGAUGCAGAGAACUGACAAAGUCCUCCAAACUCAGAUUUCUUUCCUUGCAAAAUAUUUUAUAUGUUAUAUGACAAAAUUUGUGAACUUUAUCAAUUUUAGUAUUAAAUUUUGAGAUGUUUCCAAUCUUACUUCUUUUGAGUAUGCUGCUAGAAUUGAAAUAUUUCCAGAACAUAUAUGACUAAUGUUUUAUUUUACCACAGGAUAAAUUCAUUGAAACUUCUUUGUUAGGUGAAACUUUGAGAAAGGAAAUUCUAUUUUAUAUUGUAAUGAAUUAGCAAAGCAGUUGUAGGCAAGACCACUGCUGGGAUGCCCUUCAUUAUUCUAACCAGUGCACUGUUCCUAACACAGCAUAAAUAAUCAUUUAAUUACACAGAUGUGAAUGAAAGAUAUGAGUACUUCAUCUACCAUUGUAACUGCCAUGACAACAGUUAAAUAUUGUGUUAGCCAGGUGCUACCAAGUGAUAAUUUGCUUCCUCAUCUCAAAAAUGAUCUUGGGGAUAUGGCUGCUAUGUUAAUUAAUUACAAUAUAAAUUCAAGGUAUGCAAUUACAGAUAGGAUGACCUGAGGUAAGACACAAAUAAAUGACAGAAGUGGAGGGUUAUAUCCUACCCACAUAUGUAUUUAUUUAUUAUAAUGCAACAUAAUUGAUGAUUACAGUGACUGUGUACUGUUAAGAUGUGUCUGUGUGUUUGAAACCUCUUUGCGAUGUGCAGCUAUGUCAAUGUUUUACUGUGUCCUGUUGUGAUACAUAUGUAGGUGGCAGGUGAUGGACCAAUUCCCUGUUGAAGAAGUCCUGAAUGCUGAAGAGUUCAUUGUUUCAGAAUUAAUUCUCAGUGAGAAUAGACCAUUAGGCCUGAUGCAUUAAAAUUAAAGGGAUGAAACACAAUUAAUUUUAAACAAAUGGUUCAGGUUUACUAAAAUGUUCAUUAUGUAUGAAAUGAGGAAAUGAAAUAAUGAAGGUUAAGAUGGUAGUGACAACACAGUACAGAAAUUUGCUGUCUUCUAUGACAUUACACCAUGUAGUUUGAUGGAAGGGGAUCAGUGAUUUGGAGGAACAUUCUGUGCCCAUUUUCAGUGUAGAAAGGUCACUCCUCAAACUUGUAAGUUGGUAAAAUGAAAGGAAUUAAAGGUGACUAAAUUAUAUA